UAGCCUCGUGUACUUGAUGCGGAUAAAUCCAAUUUAAAGUAAACAUAACGCCGUAAUGUUCACGGGAGGAGAUUCAGUGUCUGUUUGAUCAAAUAUUUGUUUUAAACCCAAACUUUGCUAAAACCUGAACCGUUGUUUUAAUUCCUCGGGUUAGCCGUUAGCUUAGCUUCCUCACCGGGAAGAAGAAGCUGUAGUUAUUUGACGCGGUGGAGUCCAACAUGGAGGACAUGUACGUUAAACCAGGUAACCAGGAGCGGGGCUGGAACGACCCCCCUCAGUUCUCCUACGGCCUUCAGAUGGCCCGCGGACCACGUGGACCACAGAACCUCCUGAACAAAAGAGCAGCUCCACCCGCUUCAGGUGCAGGAGCCCCACCCCAUAUGCCUCCCUUGUCCAACCCUUUGGCCCCGCCCCCAAGUGGUAUAGCCCCGCCCCCUCUAAACCCAGCUCGUCCACCACCUGGCUGCACGCCCCCUCCUCCCUCAGGACCAAUGAGGAGUCAGAAAGAGGCAGACAGCAGCCAAUCAGAGAGUGAGCCUGAUGUGGAGGUGGUGGUGUUAGUGUUGAACCGAGCGCUGGCUGCCUGCAGACAGACGGUUAAAGAUCAGGUGUGUAAUGACAUGGCAAAGAGACUCCGCCUCCUGGAGGACAGCUGGAGGUCAGGUAGACUGAGCCUACCUGUGAGGAGACGCAUGGACACCCUGGCUCAAGAGUUGCAGUCGGGUCACUGGGACGUGGCCGAUGAGAUCCAUCGCUCUCUGAUGGUUGAUCAUGUGACUGAGGUCAGCCAAUGGAUGGUCGGUGUCAAACGACUCAUCGCUGAGACCCGAAAGCUGAGUCCAGAACUCCUUGAACCUCUUCAGAAACCUGCAGAACCGGUCCAGGACUCGGAAGAGCCAGUCCAGGACUCAGAAGAACCAGCCCAGGACUCGGGAGAACCAGCUCAGGACCCAGUCUCCCAGUCCUGACUCUUUUAGUCCUGCAGGACUCUCCAGCAGGUUUCUUUCUUCUCUUGACAAACUUUGACUUUUAAAUCAGGACCAGGUGGCGUUAAUCAUAAUAUUCACACUUCAGGAGAGGGUCAAAGGUCAGAACUCCAGGAGCAGGUAAGGGGUCAGUGGUUUGCACAAGGACACUCCAGCAGGGACAGACUUACUGUUCACAUUGAAACCCUUCAGUUCUGGGGUAGACUCUAUCUGGACUUGGACUCCAUUCUUUGAACUCUGAACUUUAGAUCGUGGACAUUUAAGUCUGGACUCUGGACUUAAGACUUUUUCUGGUGUCUGGACUCUGGUCUUCUGACACUUUGGACUCUGGACUCAGGAUCCUAGACCCUGGACUCUAGACCCCGAACUCUGGACUCUUUGGGCUUUUCCAACUCUAGACCUUGAAUUCUGGACUCUGGACACCCUGGACUUUAGAUUCUGAAUUCUAAACUCUGAACUCUGGACUCUGGAUUUUAGACUCUAACCUUGAUCUGGAUGGUUGACACUCAGACCUCUGGAAUGUACACUCUGUUCUUUGGACUUUCAUCAAUUCUGGACUCUAGACUAGACACUCUGUGCCCUGGUCCCUGGACUCUGACUGACCCUGUCAACCAUCCAAAUACCCAUUCAGCUACCAUAAACACCUGUGUAACGGCUCACAACCCUGUACCUCUGGUCUCUCUCUGGACUCUGGGCCUUGACCGAUCCUCCGGUCUCAGCAGAGGUCUCUGAUGAAGAGUCCUGAACCAGUUUUGAGUUCGUCAGGAACAAACAGUCUUUACUGUCCGGUCACGAUGUUGAUGUGGGAAUAAAUCUUACUCUCUUUGA